AUGCUCGCUCUGGUAGUUCUGGCCAGUCUCGUGAGCUACUUUCUCGCGAGACUGUAUCAUCAACGCGCCAUGUUCAAAAACCUUCCUGGACCACCGCAUCACGCUAUUUGGGGUCAUUUUUUAAUCAUGCGAGAGAUCGCAAGUAGUUUACCCCAUGAUGCCACUCCACAGCUCUUCGCCCAUUUGAUGCGGGAGAAGUAUGGCCUUGGAGACUUCUUUUACCUUGAUCUAUGGCCGCUCGCUCCACCCCAGCUGGUUAUUGCCCAUCCUUCACUGGCCACACAGAUCGUCCACAAGAUGAACCUUCCCAAAGAAAGUGCCAUCAUGCAAAAGUGGACAGGCCCGAUACUGGGCGAGAAGUCUAUGGUUUCCGCCAACGGACAUGACUGGUUUCUUGCGCGGAAGUCCUUCACCCCGGGCUUUCAACCACGGAAAUUACUCAACCACGUUCCGAAUAUCGUGGAUGAAGCGCAAGCAUUUGCCAAUGUGCUGCGAGAGCACGCCCAAAAGAGUGACAUUUUCCGGAUGGAGGAUUUGAGCGCAAGAAUGAUCUUCAAUAUCUCAACCUGGGUGAUCUUAGGAAUCAAAUGCAAUGCGCAAAGAGAUGACGACGAAUUUCUCGAAUUGUUUCGAAAACAGGCCGCCUUAGCACCUCAAGACUUCUGGUCUCGAUAUUUGUACGACAUCAACCCUCGCCGAUACUAUCGGAAAUGGAGCAACGGUCGCGCUCUUGACCGGUAUGUCGGUCGUCUCGUCGACCAACGAGAGGCCAACAGCCCACGUGGUAUCAUUGGUGAGAAGGCUGGACAAUUCGCCAUCGAUGAUGCGAUUAUCUGUAGUCGCACUAUCAACAAGUCUAUUAAGACCCCUACGCCUGCCAUAGACAGGGAUACUCGUGAAAUGCUCAUCGCGUCAGUCAAGACACUUAUUUUCGCCGGUCACGAUACCUCAGCCAGUACACUUUGUUACACGUAUGCCGCGUUGAGCAAAGACCCCCAAGUGCUCCUCAAGCUACAGGAGGAGCACAAUUCUGUAUUCGGCGGAAAUCCUUCCAACGCUGGGGAUUGUCUUCGGCGUGACCCCAACUUGGUAAACAAUCUGCCUUACACUCUUGCCGUCAUUAAAGAGGCUCUCCGGCUUUGGCCCCCAACGGGCGUCAGCCUACGGCACGGCGAACCGGAGCAUGUUCUCCACGCAGAUGGCAAAGAAUGGCCCACGUAUCCGUUUGCUGUUCUCGUUAAUAACUGUGCAACCAUGCGCCGAGAGGAUCUAUUCAAGGAAGCUGAGCGAUUCUAUCCGGAACGUCAUCUGGUCUCCGACCCAUCGGAUCCAUACUUUGUGCCUCGCGAUGCGUGGAGGCCAUUUGAGAAGGGACCCCGCGCGUGCCUUGGCCAGACGUUGGCGCUUAUCCAACUGAAAAUUGCCCUGGUCAUGACUGUGCGAACUUUUGCAUUUGACAUUGUUUACGAGAAUGGGACGUUCAUGUACCAGGUAUUGGAUGUGACGGCUAAACCCUCGCAGGGGUUGCCGACCAGAGUCUGGUUGAUCUGA